AAGUAAACAAUGAAAAUUUCCAUCUGGUUUCGUUACUAUUAAGGAAUUGAUUUAAUGACUCAUAGGAAGUUAAGAAAAAAUAUCAGUGUAGGUGUGAUAAAAAAAGAAAAAAACGAUGUUACGUCACAAUAAGAAUCUUUGGUUAUUAUCUCCUCGUGACAGGUUUACAUAUCUCUAAGCAACGUAUUUGUUUACAUUGUUGCCCCUUUAAAAAGAGAAGACCGGGCAUAUUCUUUCUGUUCAGUCUAAAGUUAAACAUUUUACUCAACUUAUUAAGUAAUUUAGCCUGUUGAAUAAUGUACCCUGCACGUUUACCUGACGGAAGAAUUAAACCUCCAUUUGGUCCUCCUGAUUGUCCAUGGAAAUCUGUAAGUCCUGGUAGCAGCAUAUCUGAAAAUGCUGUAGAGUUUGGAAAGCUGAAUGGAGAUCAAGUCUACAUUGGAAGAGUUUAUGAUAAUGACUGUUGGCUGAUUGGUACUGCUGUUCCUUCAAAAGGUGUCUGCCAUUACUUGAGCAGAAAUGCUGAACUCAAAUCUACAGAUUCCUAUGACGUACUUACAUGCGACUGUGGAAAUCCUUUAGAAUUUGAGUCACCAGAUUUUGAAAGUAAUCUAUUAUUCGUUGCUGGCGGGAAUGAAGACCACUGUCUGUAUGCAGCUCGGGUAGUUGAUGGAGAAAAUACGUACAUAGGUUGGGUGGAUAAAAAAAUUCGUGUUGCCAACCUUCCAAGAGAUCCAUCUGUUGGACCCAAUCAAGUUAAAGAAAACUUUGGGGUCUUAAAUCACAAGCUCCUUGACCGUCUAUGCGUUUGUCCAAUGCCCCCACCUUAUUCUUAUUGACUGGUCCUUUCAUUCAAAAUCAUGCAAUGUUCUGUGUGUAGACAUUGUUACAUUUAAAAAUCUAUUUUUCUUGAAGUAUUACUUAAGGCAAAUUACUGCUUUUUAUCUAGAGCUUUAUUUUUUAUAGAACUGUUUUAUUUUGAGUUUUAUUUGCAGUGGUUUUACUUAUAUUCUAUACAUUUAUGUAUUUUUGUAUCUACCUGCUGAAUUACUGAAAUAAAGUAUUGCUGUGCAGCUUAUUUGCUCUCUGUAACUUUUUAAAAAUAAAGUACAUCCUGGAAUGAA